ACCGGAAGUAGAGUUCUGUAUUUAUAUACAUCUUACUUAACGACUUGAAUUUACGAUUUUUAUCAAACAUGUUUCGUUUGAUAUUUACGUUUUUGUUCUUAUUUUUUUAUUGUGAAUGUAAAAUCCUGAAUCCUGUGAUAUUAGUACCUGGAGAUGGUGGAAGUGAAUUUGUAGCAAAACUAAACAAGACAACUGCUCCUCAUUCUUGGUGUGUUCUCCAUACAGAUUACUACUUUAGUUUAUGGCUAAAUCUUGAAGAGUUAGCUCCCUUUGUAAUAGAUUGCUUCACUGAUAACAUGAGAGUAAUAUAUGAUAGAGAGAAACAUAUUACCCAUAAUCCACCAGGUGUAGAAACAAAGAUACCAGGAUGGGGAGAUACAAGGACGGUAGAGUGGCUUGAUCCUUCCCAUAUAAGUCCUACAUCUUACUUUUCGCCAAUAGUUAAUGCCAUGGUAAAGUGGGGAUAUGAGAGAAACGUAUCAGUGAGAGGUGCUCCAUAUGACUUCAGGAAGGCCCCUAAUGAAUAUGCUGAUUUUUACCAGAAUUUGGUAACAUUAGUUGAGGAAACAUAUGCUCUAAACAACAAUACAAAAGUAAUCCUGCUAGGCCACAGCAUGGGGAACCCUACUACACUGUACUUCCUUAACCACCAGCCACAGUCCUGGAAAGAUAAAUUUAUUCAGUCAUUUAUAUCAUUAGCUGGUGUAUGGGGAGGAUCUGUUAAACCACUAAGACUCUUUGCUUCAGGUGAUAAUCUUGGUGUAGCGUUUGUAAAAGCUUUAAAUGCCAGAGUCCAACAGCGAUCUAUGCCUAGCUCUGCUUGGCUGAUGCCGUCAGAUAUGUUUUGGGGUAAGGAUGAAGUCCUAAUUGAACGCCCUGGGAGGAAUUAUACAGUCAAUGAUUACAAACAAUUCUUUAUGGAUAUUAAUUUCAUGGAUGGGUGGUAUAUGAGACAAGACACUGUCAAUCUUAUCAGAUCGCUGACGCCCCCUGGUGUGGAGGUUCACUGUGUCCAUGGAUACGGCAUUCCAACUCCAGGUACUCUUGUGUAUACAGGCAAUAUGUGGCCUGAUUCACAACCAAAUGUCAGAACAGACGAUGGCGAUGGUACAGUUAAUAUUCGUAGUCUGAAGGGAUGUUUACACUGGCAAGGGAAACAACCCCAGAAAAUUUAUCACGUUCCUGUCAAAGGAGCCGAGCAUAUGGAGAUUCUUGAGAAUAAGGAUGUUUUAGCUUAUUUAAAGAAAACCUUGACAAGUUGAUGUUUGAAUGGUUAGGGUUGAUUUGUGUCAGUUGCUGAAUAAUCAUUAAUUUGUGGAUGCAAUAUUUUUUUUUUGGGGGG